AUGACGCAUCUUUCCUCGGUAAGGAGUUUCAUCGCUUGUGUUCUCUUCCUCGAUUUUAGCGGCGCAGGUAAGGUCUUAGUUCCAACAUUGUAAGUUGAUUUGUUUUCUUCAGACAAGCGCGGCGACUGAAAAGCAAGCGCAGCUUAUUAACUUUGCUCUGUGGACUGAUCGGUAGAAACUAAUGGACUUCCUUGGAGGUUUUUAGUAAAUACUAAUAACUUGAAGACCAGAAAAUAAAUAUCAUAGGGGCACCCAACGGCAAUUUUCGGGAAAAUAUCUGUUCGGAAGACGAUUUUAGAACUAGAAUUUUCGGAACAUUUGUUGUAAAAUUUCUUGCUUGCCUGCCUCUCCUAGGAUUUUCGAACAUCUACAAAAUGGUAUAAUUACCCAUUUUAAACGGAAAUUUACCCUAAAAAAGGCCACCUAGAAUUUUCGGGAGCCUUUUCCUGGCUGAAAUUUUCGAAAAGGUAAGUUUUGAUCCCUAUAAUUUUCGGAUCACUAGACUUUCAGCUAGGAAAUCCGAACAGAUGAAAAGUUUUUAGGGGACAAAAAUAUGCCUAUAUCUACCGUUUAAAUACUAAAGUACGUUUAACAAUGCUAUGUUAAGUGGUUUUGAACUAUAUCCUCGUUGGGUGCCCCUGAUAUCAGUUCCACAGCAAAACAAAUAGCUCCACUGGAAAUUGCUGGUUUUUUCCUCCACACAUAGUCAGCCCAUCACACUUUCACUUCCCUUUUGAAACCAACUCUUAAGAGGGCAGGUGAUCUAGUGACACGCGCGAAAAUGUACUCAAUAAACUCGUCGAAGUCUUAGUAGAGGUGUGUCGCGCGAGUGAGCCACGCAAGAUGUUACCCAAUUGAGAGAUUGCGUGCAACUUAGCUUUAAAUGAUGAAAUCAAAUACUGCAAUUUUUUUGGCCUGAUGACGCUCAGCUUCCUUCUCACGCCCCCCUCUACCGUCUUUCCUUGAGGGAUAAAACCCACUUGGCUGUUAACACCGCACAUCAUGAUUCCACAAUUUACCGUUUAUUUUGUAGUUAGUAGUCCUUCCCACGCCUCCAGCCUAGAAAAGUAGCGUUAAGUUUGCCUAAAUCGUCUGAAAAAACUUGUGAACCAUCCGAACCAUUCGAGUCCCCUGCAAUUUUCUAGAUGAAAAUUAUCGCAAGUAACCUCUUUGACAAAAGUUCCGUUUAGCAAACACAAGGCAAGGUAUUCAUCUGCUUUUUUUUCGUCAACGGCUGAAAGUUGUGUGGGUUUGCGUCAAGGAGUAAAUUCAUUGGCCACUAAAAUGCGCGUUGGCAACACCCAGAAGCUCAAUGGUAAACUGCUCCACUCUUUGCGCCUUUUCCAUGCAGUUGGUGAUCCUUUACCCGGUGGGGGGGAGGACUCCACAUAUUAAAGGGGUGGGGAUGCUCGUCAGAAAUUUUGAAUUAAACCCCUGAAGGAGACCGAUUUGGGCCUGGCCCAAGCUUUUUUUUGACCCCUAAAAGAGAUAAAAAAAAAUAUAUACAUAUCACAUAUAUAUUUUUAUAUUUUUUCGCGUGCAACCCUAAACGAGACCUUCACUGCUAAAUAUGAUGGCGUUUUGCCCAGAACACCCUAAGUGAGACGACAAGCAUCCCCACCCCUUUCAUAUGCCGAGUCCCUCCCCCCGAUCCUUUAUUCAAGGCAACGCACCCAACUCUAAACAACGACAUGAGCAGUAGUUUCAUUUUUUAAGUAUUCUGAGGAAAAGUUUAAGCAGCAGACCAUGGAAGAUAAACAAGAUUAAGCGAUAUUAAUCUAUGAUUUUUUUCUCAACUUUUUUUCACUUCAAAAUGCUAUCACACUCUAGCCUGCGUAGCAGGCGCUUGGAAGUAGUGGGUGAAAGAGAGAACGGGAGCGUGCGAGGGAGAAACGCGACACGUGUCUUCUUCUCGCGCGCCCGUUUUUUCUUGUGCCCACAAACUCUCUCUACGGGUGGGAACAAACAAUUUUUGGCCUUACGAAUUGACCCACACGUUCGCUUUUAACAUAUUAAUUUCAAACUAGGGUAAAAACGGAACUUGACUGCAAUAUCCACCUUGGGAACUGUAGCCGAACUUUUUUAAAAAAGGAAAUAUCUUGGCUGAUUUCUAUUUCAAAGGUAGAUGCAAAGGAAUAUUAUUCACCGUCUACUGUCGUAGAUGUAUUAAUUUUUUCUGAUUUCUAAGUGUCGAGGCAUAUAACACAAAUACUUGCUUUAUCAAAACAAAUUCACCAUUUGUCUCAAAUUAUCACAAUGAAAGUAGACUAAACAUCCGACAUCACUCAGAAAGGACACCUGCAGCCGCCUCGAUAAUCUUUGUUGGUCAAUUUAUCAGUUGACAUUGACCACCGAAAUUUUCCUCGAAUAACAGCCGGAGGCCAUUAUUAUUAUUUUUUUUUUCGCACAAAAAGGGAGCGAUUAUUGGAGGGAGGCGAUUAUUUAAACAUUGCUCACCGGAAGUCGUUCCCUAAAUAUUUUGUUUUAUUUUUCCAUUCAUUUAAAAAAUGAUGACAUCAAAUAAACUAGACCUGGGCUUUUUUAGAGCUCCAAAUUUGGUUCCUUGAUUAGUUUUCAAGGUCAAUAGCCUUGAAAUCAGAGCUUGAAUCGUCACUGAUGAGUUUUGCCGCAUCAGACUCCACUUAUACUUGACAGGGGGGGGAUACUGAGAAAGAGAAGAUGACAAUAGCGAGAAGGUGUGUGUGUGUGUGUUGCGCGGGGGGGGCGAUUAUUCGAGAGAGGCGAUUGGUUUAAACAUUUCCGUCUAAGGGGGCGAUUAUUCGAGGAAGGUUAUUAAUGGAGGGACGGCUAUUAUUCGAGGAAAUACGGUACUGUAAGACUUUAGUUAAGUUGGCCAUGGGUUAUGUUCAGACGGUUGAUGAUCGGAUUUCAAUUAAUCUUCUAAGUGCCUCGCUAAAAAUUACUUUUCGGCCGGCAUGGCCCGUGGAAAUUAGUUCACUUUAAAAGACUUUGCAUUUUCCGAAAAGCAUUAGACUAGCAUUAUUUGGUUAUAAAGAGCAGCUGGAACAUUUGAUAACUUUACUUUGGCUAUAUAUUCACCGCGGAACUAAAAGAGUUUUUAAAACCCUUGCGUGUCAGUUAAGCAAGAGUGUUUUAGCCAAUUGUCAGGGGCACACAUCGAGAAUAUAGUUCAAAACCACUUAAACAUAGCAUUGUUGAACGUAUUUCAGUAUUUAAACGGAAGAAAUAGGGAUAUUUUUAUCCCCUAACAAUUUUUUUAUCUGUUCGGAUUUCCUAGCUGAAAGUCUAGUGAUCCGAAAAUUAUAGGGGUUAAAACUUACCUAUUUGAAAAUUUCAGCCAGAAAAAAAGCUUCCGAAAAUUCUAGGUGACCUUUUUAGGGUAAAAAUCCGUUAAAAAUGGGCCAUUUUACCAUUUUUUAGAUGUUCGAAAAUCCUAGGAGAGGCACGCAAGCAAGAAAUUUUACAACAAAUGUUCCGAAACUUCUAGAUAUCAACUCGUCUUCCGAAGAGAUAUUUUCCAAAAAUAGACGUUGGGUGUUCCUGAAUUGUCACUUUAACCUAUGCUGUGACCAUUCAAACCGAAAGCUCUUCAGCAAUACUUUCGCAUAGUACUAUUUAUUUAUUUAUAUGUAGUUUUAACUUUUAAGUCUGUGUAUGAAAUCCUUUGGCCGUAGAACCUCGAUAUAACGAGUUUCGUUGUAUCGAGGUUCCUUGUGCAAAUAUUUUACUAUUCCUAGACUUAUAUCGAGGUUUCACUGUACCUCUUCAGCAGCAGUACUUUCACAAUCAUGGUAUUACUUAUUUUAUAUGUAGUUCUAACUUUUGAGUCUGUGGACAAAAUCCUGUGUUGUUACCAUUCAAAUGAAGACGCUCUUUCUGGGCGAAACUUUUGCAUGGUGCCGUGAUUUAUUUCCCGGCCCUAUGAAUCUUUCAAAAAAAAAAUUUUGUGAAAUUUUCACCUUUCUUACUAUUGGAGUAAAAAGAAUUAACAAGGGAAGUGCAUUUCUGGCUCAAAAUAUCGAGACACGGACAGGUUUCUUAAUUUACAAGUUACGUAGUUCAUCAUUUGAACAAUAGCUCGGAAUAGCAACAAUAUUCCAACCCAUCGAGUUCGACGAGGCACUCCCUUUUUUGGCCUAAAUGGCAUGGGUAUGGGUCAGAGAACGGGUUGUGGUUUUGGGGGUUUAAAGUCGUAAACAGGGCAUAUAAUAAAUUUUGCUUAUUAGCUUCUUCAAAAAGGUGUCUUCAUGAACCAGAAGUCUUGUACAUGGUGUAAACUUUGGCGGUGUACACUUUACAGUCUACAUGUGUGGUACGAGCACUUUUUUUAAACAAAAUAUUAUUCUAUGAUGUCAAUUUAGAAAAAAACAUAGUUCUGUAUGCGAAACGAGGCAAACAGGGUCAUGUAGAGGAGUAUUUUACCUUCGACAGGGUUAAGGUUAACUAUAAUCAAGGCCUUGGUAGUAAACUUCCAAUCAAACCUCCCUUUGCUACCAUGGACUAAAUUCUUCAAACACUAUAGACGAAUCUUUGCUGACGUCAUUGUUUACAUUUUUCCUCAUUAGUAUACGACUUAAGUGUAAACAAAGAUUCACCUACAUUGGCAAGCAACAUUCGCUGCUGCUCGAUUUUCAUUGGCUGUUGAACUGUCCGAUUUGACCUUUCCGAUUAAAGAAGGAGAUUCCAAUCGGACAGGUCAAAUUGGACAGUUCUGGUGCUGCAUCCGCCAAAUUAAUAUUGGUAAUAGGACUGAGUGGAGUCCAAUUUGGUCUGUAAUCAUACGAUUGAUUGACAAAUAGUCUGAUUUGUUUAAUUAUGCAGGCCCGAAGCAGGGGGAGGGGCAGGGGGGCUCGAGCCCCCCUAGAAAUUUUCGGACUUGAAUCAAAUUCUGCUACAAAAGUGGAAUUUUUCUACUAAAAUGGGCAGCUGUCAAUGGAAGCUAAAGUUUCAAAGUAUUGUCGAUCGUUGUAAGAUUAUGUACGGUUGUUCUUCUGUGCUAUUUCGAAUUGUGUAAAUGAACGAAAUCGUAUUUUUGCUCUGCCAAAAACAACCAACAACUUUAAAAUAUCUGCUUAUUAAGCAUCAAAAUAGUCAGAAGCAAAAUGGAUCGAAAUCAGACCAAUGACAAGCCCACCUGAACCACCUCAUGAUGUUGCGUGUUCACAAGGACAGAACAGAUGCUCUGACCCUUGUAGACGUAGCUAAUGACUUCGUUGGGGGAGAAAGAAAAACGAAAGCAAUUAUUUGGCAAAUUUUCCGCGAACGAAACCCCAGACAAGUUCUCUAUGUUGUCAAAGUCAAAGCGAACGGAAAAUUAUAGACAAGAACAAAAGGUAUUGUAGACAAAUGUAGUGAUCUGACAUGUACCAAGAAGUAUGCUUUAACCGAGGGACCGAAGCAGGGGGGGGAGUUAAUGUGGGCCACUCGGUCAGCCCCCCCCGGUCAUUUUAUGCCUGCUACGGGCCUGUUAUGAGUCUGACGGUACAGUGCGAAUUGGACGACACGCAGUUCUGUUACCAAUUAAUCAUAACUAUAACAAUUUUUGUGAUACUUUAGGCUUUUUAAAUUUAACAAAAAAAAGAAAUUCCGAGAGUUUUUUUUUUUUUUUUGCUAGCCUUGAAAAUAGCCAUUUAAGUGCGCGCUUGCGAUGGCCCGUACUGUCCUAUUACACUGUCCUAUUAGUGCUGAAAUCAGGACAGUUGACAGCCAAUCAGAUUUGACAAUUUUGUUAUAGUUAUGAUUUAAAAGCAAUAAAUAAGUGCUACUGAGAACCAAUCAGAUUCGAGAACUUUGUUAUUGACACAAUUAUAAUUUAUAACAAAUUUUAAUCAUCAUCAUUUUCACAAAAAUGAUGAUAAUCAUAAUAAAAACAAUAAUAAUAAAUAGAAAACAGUUUAGUGGCAGAUCAGAAUGGUUAGGUUGAUCAAAGAGAUCUCUCGCACUAAUUAAAUUUCCUCUACUGUUCAUUGCAGAGGUGUCACAACAGUGCCGAAGUCCAAAAGUUUUUACAAAAGGCAACAAGGGUGAGGAGCUUAAAUGUCCUUUUCCUGCCCAUAUUUUCUCCUGGUUCAAAGAUAACAGAUCAAUUAUUAAUGGAACGGAUGAUCUGUAUCAAAUAGAGGAACGGUUAUUCAAUGGUAAUGUUCUUAGCAAGCUAUUCUUCUCCCUUGUACGCAUGAAGCAUGCUGGAUUCUACACUUGUAAAGCAAAUACAAGUCACAACAAUACAAGAAGCUGUAAAGUAGAAGUUAUAGUUCUAUGUAAGUAUUUCAAAUUUCACUAACUUUCAUCACGAGUAUCAAAAGAAUUUAAGAGGACUGUUCUCCCUGUGGCUUUGGGGAUCAUGGGAAAGGUCGCCAAUUUAAACACACCCAAAAAAUGAGUUUAGGUGGUCAUGGAAACUAAAUUCUGUGAAACCAGGAAAGACGUAAAGGUUGAUUUUGAGAUCUUAAACACACUUCCUAGAUUUCGAUAAAGGGAAAAGGCCCAUGGACGGAGUUGGAAUUUCCGGAAGUCGCUAGUCUUGGUUAUUAGCAGGAAUAAAGUACUGGUUUCUCCAAAAUGUUUUACAAGAGGUACGCGCGAAACCAACAGCAAAGGGAGAAAGAGUAAUGCAAACUACAAGCGGACUUUUCCAUUACCGAAAAGCACGUUAAAAAAGUCCACAGUGUUUCAAAAAACUAGUUUGCUCAACUCCGAUUUGUGCGUAUAUUCAAGUUUCAAGCUUAAAAAAAUCAAUAUAUAUAAUGAAGUUGAAAGAUUACGGGAAUUAACAAAAUUAUGACCAAAGGGAAAAUGCGUUGAUCUUCUAACAAAUUCUGUCAACCAAUUUUUCAAGAAAUAUAUGGAAAAGAAAACAUACUGGUGAACUUUGGGGCUCACAGGGUAAAAUGAACUUUUGUUCUCAGGUGAGGAAGGCUAUAUCCAAGCAACACCCAACAUGGUCACCGCCUCAGAGACCUCCAACGUAAGCCUGCAUUGCUCGGUAUUGGCCAGGAUAGACUGCUGGUUUUCCUUCAAGUUAACAUGGGAGUUUGAAAACGAGACCCUUCAAAACAAUACCAUUAAGUAUACAAUUAGGGAGCAUCAUGUAAACAACAAGUGCAAAAACCGACGACGACUGCUGUUUUCUCUAGAAAUUAUCAACGUGACAUAUAAAGAUGAUGGAAAGUACUUUUGUCAGAUGUCUUGCGAUUGGGUAAAAAAGAGUUCCUUGGUCUGGUUGCAUGCGGUCGCACAGCCCACAAAAGGUACAGUCGAAGCUCUCGAAAGCGACCACCUCGGAAAGUUCGAAAAAAGUGGUCGUAACGAGAAUAGGUCGCUCACGAGAAUGAGCUCUCGUAAGCGACGCGUAAAACAAUAAAGCAACAGAGUGUGGUCGCUUUCCAGAGCUUCAGAAAAUCAUUGAUAAUUCCUAAAUACAAUACAAUACUUUAUUCAAGAGAUAAAAACUAAAAUUACAAAAUAUCUCUCGAAAGGGGAUAUCUAGAGGUCAACCCUAAACGAAAGAUUCCCCAGAAAUAAAAGAUAAAAAGGUAAAAUAUAGAAUCUAAAACAUUAUAUUUAAAACCUAAAAACUACAAUCAUUUGCAUAUCAUAAUUGAAAAUAUUUACAAUCGUAUCAAUCAAUAUUCAUAUAAAUAUUCCUUAAUCUGUUGCGAAAUAAAGUCUGCGAUCCUGCGUGUACAAUCUUUAGGCAAGUUAUUCCACGCAUUAACGAUCCGUACAAAGAAAGAGUAUUUGUAGCAGCCUUUAAGAUGGCAAAUUUUACAUAGAGCUUAUAAUCGUGAUUGGCUCCAGUUCGAUUAAAGAAAAACCAAAAUAAAUUCAUGCUGUUUAAGGUGAUUCCCUAGUUUUGCACUGCGCAUCUCUUACUGCGCAUAACAAGAUGUCCGCCGUAAAAAAGAGCAUGUGAAGUAACAUUAUUAAAAUGAAGUUGACUGAAGAGAAACGCUAUUGGAAGUUUUGCUUGCUGUUGUUUCUUGCCGAGGUGAGACUCAACGUGUUGGGAAUGUGCAUAACGUAAGCAGUACGCGUGUUGCUGAGUUCGACCUCCUCUCGGAGAACCUCGAUAGUCAGGAGCCCAUUAAAUAGCCCAUUUGAUAGGCUCCUGCGAUAGUGGAUGUUUAACUUGUGCUUACUCACUUUGAUUUUCAUUUAAACCCUUUCUUUAUCACAUUGUGUCCUAAAUGUGAUAUCUCGAUGUAAAUUCUGUAAAAACGGAUUUUUUAAUAGUUUCUUCCCCCUUUCACAUACAUUCUAUUUUGAAACUCGCCCCAGUCCUCUCUCAAAAAUUGGAGAAAAUGCGUUUGGUGCGCACUUUCUGCAGCUCUACCGCAAAAACGAGUACGGUGACCCCCAUUUUUUAUUUCAUGAUUUUAAUAAGGACGGUGCUUCCUUUCGAUGAGAAAAAAAUUGGCACAAAUCUAUGUUCAGUUUUUUGGCAAUUUUACUAAAUUGUACGGAUUGAGCCAUCAGGGGUCGAAAAGCGCGCGUCCAAUUUAAUUCUACUUUGGAGCGUAAAGUAAAAACAAGGGCAUUAAAAGGCAUUUUUCUGGAACGUAAGUGGAUAAACAAUACAUUAAAGUCAAUUUCUGUGUGAUGCCACAUGCAUCAUCUAAAAAAUCUCUCCUUUUUGUCUAGUUUUGGGCUGCCCGCGGUUUUUGUAAAAGGGUCCUAAAUAGCCGUAUUUGUCAGCAUUGUCACGUCAAAACAAGCACGGUGACCCUCACUUUUUAUUACUUUUUUAUCAUCUUCUUGACUUGUUACAUCAGUGCACCAAGUUGUAACUACAAUCUAUGUUAGGUUCUUUUACUAUGGAAUCACCUUAAUGAGUGUCUUUAGUCUAAUGUAGACACGGCUAAACUUUAGACCAUUACCGCAGUGUGCAGUUUCAUUAAAAUGUUGAUUUAUAUGAACAAGACUCUGAGUUCUUUUCAUUACAAAGUUCAAGUCACAGUUCAAACGAGACAAAGUUUGAAAAAAAAAACGCGAAAUCAUUUAAACGUGACGUUUCCGCUGCCGUCGUCCAUGCUAAAACUACCUAAUGCUAGGUAAAGAGCACGGUGUACUGGUGUAUCGUUUAUUAACAACGUUCCUGCGGUUUAUCUCACUCUUCUCUCCCUUUCGCUUUGGCGUGGGAGGUACGGUCUGACUGUACGAGAUUAAUAUCGAGUGUGAUGUCAUACUCUGCAUGCGUAGGUGUUAUACGUGCUAUGAAUGGCCGUUUCCACUCUCUAGACGGAUGGUCCGUCUCAGAGGAGUCAAUUAUCCUUUGAGUAAUUCGUGUCAGACAGCUCGUCUGUCCCAUGUUAAGCGCAUACUGCGGAUUAAUUAAAUACUUUUUUCUAAUUUAUUAUUGAUUCUAUAGGUUAAUAAUCCCACUCACACGUAUUUCAGCACUUUCAGAGUGUAUUUCAAAGUAGAAGUGUAUUUCAGAGUAACAUGAAGUAGAAUGGAGGAGUACUAAAAUCACAGAAAAAAAAUAGUGGAUUAUGUCAACACUACCAACGUUUAUUGUUGUCCCAACGAUUUUAUUCCGUGGUUGAUUAAUUUACAGCUAUUUGCAAAUAUUUAAUGCUGUGUUUACACUCAAGCGUUUACCAAGGUAAACAUUAACUGACUAAACCCUGGUACAUUUGUACAGUGUUUAUACGGGCUCAAAUAACUUAGGUAAAUCUGUCAUCAAUCACAAUCUAAUCGAAUUGGCGGCAAAUUCUAAAUCCACGCAUAAAAUUCUCGCAUUUAAAAGGAAAGCUGUGGCUCUUGUAGUCCUCGCGUUUUAUUUUCUUGUUCUUGAUCAGCAAACCCAGGAAUCGAGAUUGCAGCAGCUCUUACUUUUGCAGCACCUAAAGAGGUCGAGGCGAAAGCUAUUAAAUUCUGCUACAAAUUACCCUUCGCAAGACAAGGCGCGUUAGACGUGCGUGGUCGUGGCCGAGAAACCAAUUCUGGUUCGAAACUCUAUUAAACGGCAAUUUUGUCAUAGACUGAAAUCAAACGUGGAAACCUGGUCGAAAACCUGGUCUCGAAAACGUGAUCGAAUGAGACUGACGCAAUCCCGACACCGCAGGAUGUGAAAUUAUAUGCGACCGCAAGCGGAUGUAUCUGUCAUCCAAACCUUGGUUACCGACCUUAACCAUGCCUGCUCGCAAGGUAAACCAAACUUUUACCUUAGUUAACCUUCUAUUGUCUUGAGCGGUGUUUACCAGGGUAUCAGUUGGCGUUUACACACGCAAAAUAUUUACCUAGGUAAGUUAACUCCAAUACCUCGGUAGCACGCUCAAGUCUAAACACGGCAUAAGUUGAUCAAGCGCCCGGGGGGGGUACUCCCAUACAUUACCUAUACGGGUAUGUGCCGCCCAAAGGGGUCGUGAUUUUGAAGCUCCUGGUUUAGAACGGGGUAUCCAUUUCAGACGCGGUUUCUAGAACGGGGUAUAAUAUUUCGAACACACGAAAGCUCUCCACUUUUCUAAGUAGCCAUUUGAAAGCAUUCAAGGACAGAUUGCUUUUAAAAUACGGUUCAGUGCGUUAGGAAGCAAACCGUUGUACUCUUGUUGCACCCUAGAACGGAGUAUAAAAAAUUGGCCCAUUUCUAGAACGGGGUGUUAGUUUUAGGGCGAAUUCUAGAACGGGGUAUAAAAAAUUGGCCUAUUUCUAGAACGGGGUAUCAAUUUUAGGGGAAAUUUUUUCUAGAACGGGGUGCCAAUGUGGAGUCCCGGGCGGCACAUACCCACCCAAAAAAUACCCAAGUGCCCCCCCGGGAUCAAGCGCAAGUGACUGCCAGGGGAGUGUGCAGAUUGGUUCUUUGACAACAUAAUGACAUGAUCAUAUAUUGCUUGCAUAGACGAUACAGCAUGUCCCGGCAAAAAAACAACAUUUUGAUUAAUGAGAAUGCGCUGAACCGUGAACCUGUCCCUUUAAUAUAAAAACGAAUCUGUCUGACCUUAACCGUCUGUUUGUGGAUUGAGUUUGACAGAUUCUGAAAACGGAUUAUCCUUCCCUAGUGUAAGAACGGCCAAUGGCUUUAACAGGUUCUGUGCAUAAGGUAAAUUUUUGAUAUUUGUUAUUUUUUAUUCUUUCAGUGCCAGAUGUUAGCCAGAAAGAUGAAACAACACGUCCAAUAACGUUAUUCAAAGAUCACGCUACUUACAGUAAGUAUAAACAAAAAUAUAAUAAUCAGCAACAUUAUUACACAUUGUACGCACUGUCUGUCUUCAUUGACUUUGAGCCUACAGUUCAUUUUAGAAAUCACAACCUAAAAAUUAGUUAGGCUAUCUGCUAGCAGUCUGUCAGCACAACUUCAGAUUAGCUACCUAUCUGUUAACAGGUACCGUAUUUAUUCGAAUAGGCGCCCAACCUCGAAUUAGCGCCCACCUCGAAUAAGCGCCCAUCCUAAAGGUAGAAAAAGUUAAUAAGCGCCCAGCCUCGAAUAGGCGAAUAAGUACUAAUAAGAGACUUCCCCGAAGACGGAGUGUUCUUCCGAGUAUUUUACGGAAACCUUGCUUCGUUACUUCUUCGCGUUUUGUUACUGGCAUUUACUGUUUUGUUGCAAAAUGAAAAUACUACACUAAUUGCUGAAAAUGGUGAAAAUUUAAUAAACGCCCAGCCUCGAAUAAGCGCCCGCUCUCAAGGUCCAAAUCUUUAAUAAGCGCCCAGGGCGGUUAAUCGAAUAAAUACGGUAACUGACUAAUCUGAGGGUUGCACGCACAAUGCGUGAUUUCCAUGACUAAUAGUCCAUUUGCAUGAUGACGUCAUUUUACUACUACGACCAGAAUCCUUCAGGACUUUGCUUUCUUGUGCAAAUUAGGGCUUUUGUUAUCGAAACCUCACUGGGAUUACCAAAUUAAAAUAUGAAAGGAAAAACGAAAAGGAUUCUGGUCGUAGUAGUAAAAUGACGUCAUCGUGCAAAUGGCCCAUAGAGAGAUUAAGUAUCGCGUUUACGGGAAACGGCAAAAGCGAACUUGUUCCACGUGACCAUGUUUUCCAGUUACUUAUCGUUUACUGUUCAUUAUCACAAAUCGGUAGAUUCACGCCAAUUCUAUCCAUAACAAUUGUUUUGAGCUGUUUUUAUCUGCUCAUUUCUUAUUUUGAAAAUUGCUCAAGUUAAAUCUCACGUUUGCCGUUUGCCGUAAACGCGAUGUUUCUAAUCGUCACUCUGUCUCUCUUGUUCAAAUCACAGGUACAUCAGCUGUUGUGAAGGAUUGGAUUGUUGCCUGUGUGGCCGUUUCUGUUUUUGCUGUCAUUCUGGUGUUGUUUUGUACACUGAAAAAGAGAAGACGUGCAAGAAAAGAACGUUACAAUUGUAAGUUCGUUAUUAGACUUGAUCUCAAAGGGAUUGACGGUUUCAAGAACCAAUUGAGUUUUGCAAAGACCUCUGGGAUUGUUACUAGGGACAGGGAAAAAACAAUAGCUGGCCCGCACGUCCCGAAUGACAAUCCCAGAAACAAUUGCGGGACGCACUUCGGCUCCAGCUCCUCCUCAGGGGCUUCGUUUUUCGCAUGGCGGAGGCGAGCGCGAAACGCGAGUGACUGGUGAUGAACCGCAAGGAACGAUGGGAAGGGUACAGACGGCGGGCGAAGCCCGUUGUCUCCUUGCCGCCCUCCUUUGCGUGCACAUCAAAAGAGAGAAUUCUGGGUAUGAGGCAGUUUCGGCUUCAUUUCUUUCUCGUUUCUAAAGUGGCGAAUUAGUUUGCGAAUCAGCCAUUUUAAAGUUCCGCUUAAGACUGGGUGCGCAGUGUUGUGUCGAAUUGCACAUUGGGACUAUUUUGGGACGUUCUUGCUUCAUUCAUUGGUUAUUACGAAAUUGCGCGGUAAUCGGGUUCAAAAUUCCGCUCCGAAACAGUAGCAUAGUUAGCGCCGUUUUUAUUGAAUGAGACUGAGUGGGAUGUGAAGAAUUAUAGAGAUUGAGAAGAUCUGCAUAAUUCUUCACAUCCUACGAAAGUCCAAUUCAAUAAUUGUUUCAUUAUUCAUUCAAAAUGUUUCUUAUAAGUUCUGAAAAAGAUAACCUCCUCGUAGACUUUCUUCAAACCUUUUGCCUAUUUCUCGGUAUGGUUUCAAAAACUGAUGUUUCUCUUUGCAGAGUACUCCUCAAAAAGUAAAUGAAAUCCAUCGAGCGAUAUAUUUAACGUAUUCUUGUAUUUCUUCCGUUCAGAUUUAUUUAGAAAUCAGCUAUUUCGUCUUCGGAUAACCGUGAACACCAUUUGUUUUAGUUGACUAGUGAAGAAACAGCUCGGCGGCUUGGUGAUGAUCUAUAACCUUAGAAGCCUCUUUUCCUUAAGCAGUAGACCACAGUUUCUAUGGGUUUACCGUCGUGAUAACCCACGCGGGGAUGUUGGGAGAAAUCACAAGCUGAAGGUGAGUGAUUUCAUACAAGUUUUUCGAGUGUUCUCCCAACAUCCUAAGUGGGUUAUCACGCCGGUAAACUCAUAGAAAGUGUGGCCUAUUGGUUUUUUAAAAUAACUUUAAGUUUCCUAUGAGUUUACCGCUAUAAUAAACCAUAGGUUUUUAACAAAUCAGAACGCGCCUACGAUCUUAGUUAUUUUAUAAAAUCAAAUAUGCGUUCAAUCAGCCUCGUUUUUCAUCAAAUAGACCAUCGAAUCGAUGGUAUAUUGCUCGCAUCUUCCAAAUGUAGUAAGCACCAGUUGUAACUGGCUUUAGCUUUUUCGGUGUCCCUGCCCACAUACUUAAGUUAUUAUUAGUGUAUUGUAAUGUUACGUUCUUGUUACUAGCGUUUGUAUAUCUUCAUUGUUUUUUUUGUUUUUUUUUUCUUUUUUUUCUGUAUUCUUCAGGGCAAAGCUAAUAAAAUAAAAUAAAUAAAUAGUUAUGAAGAAUUAGAAAUAUUUUAAAUGAAUAAUAAUGCAAUUUAUACACAGUCACAAGCUGAGACUCGAAGUGACCAAUAUAUAAAGAAGAAGAUAAAGUGGUAUUUCUAUCACGCCUUGGUCCCUGAUACCGAUUCCAAGCAUUGCGGAUGAACAGAAGAUCUCUAAAUGACAAAAGUGGGACCAGAGUUUGGUCAAUUAUUAUAAACCAAGAACAAAUAACCUUUUAGGAUAGAUAUAAAUAUAUAUUUUUUCUUUUCGUUGAUUUUCAUCCAUACAGAUAGUCACCAAGAAGAAAUCGUGAGCGACAAGCUUUUCAUCAGUUACAGCUCAAAGGAUUUUGCCUGGGUAACUAAUAAUCUGAUUAGUAUCCUUGAGAAACAUUCCAUCUCUUACACCAUCCAUUUCAGAGACUUUGAGCUAGGAAAGCCUUUUAUCCAAAACAUGGCGGACAGCGUCUACGGCAGUCGACAAGUGCUGAUCGUUUUGUCUGACAACUACCUCGCCAGCAACUUUUGUCGAGAAGAGCUGCACAUGGCCGUCGAGAAAAGGGUUCACACGGGGGAUUCUUCGCUGAUAAUUGUGUUGAUGGACAAGCUAAAGAAAAAGCGAUUGCCGUUCCCUUUGAGGAACAAAAAUGUGUUGCAAUUUAACGAACAGAUGAAGCAAGAGUGUUGGGAAAAGGAACUUAUAGAAAGACUUAAGCCAGUACCAUGGAAAGUCGACACUUACAGUAAGCUAAAUGACCAGUCUGCUGGAGUUGAUGUGGCUGCCUCCAAGAAUGACCCAUAUGAGGCCGUGACUACUAACAGCAUAAGGGAAUUUAGCCAGGCCCCUACUGCAGCUAAGUUACACUCCUAACAGUAAAUUGAAAAGAAACCUACGAGAUGAUUGUUAGAUUUAAAGUUCUAUGCAACACCGGUAUUCGAUGGUAUACCGGGACUGUUCCGACGGUUUUGCCGUGAGAAAACAAUGAUGCUUAAAGAGUUUUCGUUUCAACUGAGGUGUUCGCAGCCGUGCAUGGAUAUAUGACCAUAUAUACUCUUGAAAACCCCCUUGAGGGGUAAGGUAUUUGUGCGCCCUUUUGGUCUAAAACGGCUUAAUUGGUGAAGAAUUUCAAAAAGAACCUAAAAAUCGCGUUUGUUAUCUUUAAUUCUUAGGCUCUUACUUAAAUACGCAAGCUGAUCCAUAAACUAGCAGCGAGACGCUUUCUUAUUCUACUGGAACGUCCAGUAGUGUUACUGGGAGCACACGUGAGAAUAACUCCUCUGAUCACUCAUAUAGCGCGAACUACUCCGGAUAAGAGGCUGAAUUUACCAUUGUCAACCCAAACGAUUCCAGAAAUAUCGUUGCGCAGAAAGUUAAGAACCACUUUUGCCGUGGUUAAUAGAGUGAAGACUAAUAAUCAUUAAUUUAAUGUUUGAGGCAGGAAGACUAAAUUAGAGCAAUUAAUGAUUAUAAAAAUAUUGUUUGGGCUUUUCCUAGAAUAAUAUAUCCUGCUGCCAUCAAAGUGCUAUUUAGUAAAAAUCAUAAAUUCAUUAACGAACUAGAUUAUGAAAAGAUUCACAUCAUAUUAUUGAUACACUUCUUGAUACAAACUAAGUCAAAUACUGUUGUAUUAAUUGCACAAAAAAAUAAAUUUCUUUGUUGUGAAAUUGUUUUCCAAAUAAUCAUGAAUACAUGAAUUUCAUAUAUUGGAGGUACGGGUAGGGAGUUCACGUAACCACGACGGCGACAGCAACGGGAGCGACAAAAAAGCAAUAGGUUUUGAUUAGAAAAACAACAACUUUGCACGUGCAUCACGCCUUUUUCAGGCUACAUUUGUCUGCCGUUGUUGCACGACUACAACGUGAAGCUGCCUAAUUUCACGUUUUGUCGAGGACGGGAACAAAAGACAACAACUUUCUUUUUCUUUUCCUGAACUUUGAAGCAGUCCUUUAGAAUUCAACUCUAAAAACAUUUUCCAACAUUUGACGACUUAAACGAGAUAAAAAAAGGCGCGAUUAAGUUUGAGGCAGCGCAAAUUCACUUUUCAAGUGAAGUUCUCGUAGCCGUCGCAGUCGUUGUGUAAACUCCCUAAAGACGCAAUUUGUUUUCAUUGCUUUCGUUCCGUAAUUGACGAGUUGUCUCCUCCUUUUGCCUCCCUCCUUCCCAACGUCCUUUUCGCCGAGACGCCCGAAAUAAUCGUCCACGACCAUUCCGUGACCGCUGUUAUCACUAAUUGAUAACAUAUUCUUUAAUUCUAUUGAAUAUCAAACAAUCAGUGGGAAUUUAUUACAUGAUCUCAUUGAGAGGUUUGCUUUUUCAAGACAUAAAGAGAAAAAAUGUAAACGAGAUUAUUCUAAUUAUAAUGAAGAAGCUUUUAUAAAUGAAUUUAGUUCCAUUGACUGGUCUGAUUUAUUUCAUGGACUCUCAGAUACUACUGAAAUGUUUGAUAAGUUUCAUACAAAAGUAAACAAUGUUAUUAAUAGUCAUUUACCUUUAAAGCCACUUACUCGAAAGGAAUCAAAAUUUCAAACAAAGCCCUGGAUCACCCCGAGAUUAAAAGCAUCCGUUACAAAUAAACAUAGGUUGUAUAGGCACUACCUGAAGACUCGUACAUGUUACAGUCACACCAAAUUCAAAUGCUAUCGCAACAAACUAAAUAAUCUACUUAAACUAAGUAAAACCAAUUAUUAUGAAGAAUAUUUUGUGAUCAACAAGGCAAAAACAAAAGAAGUUUGGAAAGGAAUAAAGCAACUUAUAUGUCUCAAGUCCAAAGGUUCCACUUUGCCUAGCAAAUUAAUUAUUAAUGAACAUGAGAUUACAAAUCAUAAAGUCAUUGCUGAUCAAUUUAAUAAAUUUUUCUCUAACAUUGGAAAAAACUUGGCCUCAGCUGUACCAAAACCAAAUCUUGCAUUUGAUUAUUAUUUAGAUAAACCCCAGGCCUCUAGUUUUUUCUUAUCACCUACUAAUUCAACUGACAUUGAGAAUUUAAUUGUGUCCUUAAGUUCAACCAAGGCUUGUGGCCCAUUUAGUAUUUCAAUCUCCCUUCUUAAGACUUUAAAAAGUGUUUUAUCAGUCCCUCUUCAGCUGCUCUUUAAUUGCUCAUUCUCUACUGGUAUGGUGCCAGAUCAAUUUAAAGUAGCCAGAGUAGUUCCAAUUCACAAAAAAGGGUCCAGCUGUUUAGUCUCCAACUAUAGACCUAUUUCCCUGCUUUCUAUAUUCAAUAAAUUAAUUGAAAAAAUAAUGUAUAAUAGAAUUAUUAGCUAUCUUGAGAAAUUUUCUAUUUUAUACAAUAAUCAGUUUGGUUUUAGAUCAAAGCAUUCAACCAUCCAUGCUCUUCUCCUCUUGACCGAGAAGAUACAGAGAUCAAUCGAUAAUGGCACCUAUUCUUGUGGCAUUUUUCUAGACUUAUGUAAAGCAUUUGAUACAGUCGAUCAUAAAACUUUAUUAACCAAGUUGGAGUAUUAUGGUAUACGAGGUGUUGUAAAUGAUUGGUUUGCAUCAUAUCUAAGUAACAGAAGACAGCUUGUCUCUUUUUUUGGUACUGAUUCUGAUUACCAAACUGUUUCAUGUGGAGUACCACAGGGGUCAGUGCUUGGCCCAUUUCUUUUUGUUUUAUAUAUAAAUGAUCUGCCUAAAUGCUCCAACAUUUUGGAUUUUCACCUAUUGCAGAUGAUACAAAUCUGUUUCUUGACAAUACCAACAUACUAAGUUUAGAAACCAACCUAAGUGUAGAACUAGAUAAGGUGAGCCAGUGGUUAUUUGCUAACAAAUUAUCACUGAACAUUGAAAAAACUAGCUUUGUGGUAUUCCAUUCUCCGCAAAGACGAAUAGCUCAUAAGUUGAAUCUUAAUAUCUCCAAUAUGUCUGUUAAAUCUGAUAACCAAGUUAAAUACCUAGGACUCAUUUUUGAUUCUAAUUUGAACUGGAAACCGCACUUGCACGAAUUGAGCAAGAAGAUUUCAAGAGGUAUUGGGGUACUAUCUAAAAUAAGACAUUAUGUAAACGGAAACAUAUUACUUCAAUUAUAUUAUUGACUUAUUUACCCCUUCCUUACCUACGGUUUAUCAAUUUGGGGCAAUACUUAUAGUUCUACUCUCAGACCUUUGAUAAUUCUUCAAAAGAAAGCAACACGUAUUAUAACUUUUUCGGAAACAGGUGAUCACUCUGAGUCUCUUUUGAAGAAAUUAAACAUUCUUAAAUUAACUGAUCUUGUUACCCUUCACAAUGCACUCCUCAUGUAUAACUAUCACCAUAAUCUUCUUCCAUCUUCCUUUGAAAAUUUCUUUAAAACGGUAGCAUCCAUACACUCAUACAAUACCAGGCUUGCUUCUAAAUCAACCUAUUACCUCAAUACUAUCAAAACAAACUAUGGUAAUGAUACCGGUGGUUGCUCCAGAGGCGCGGCAGUGUCUCUCACAACCAAAUAAGUACUAGGUUAUAUACUUUAUUUCUGAGUGACUUACUCUUUCACUUUACAAUUCUUCAACUUCCUUAGCAAAGUCCUUCUUCAAGUUAACCUUCUUCUUGGCAGUUCUCUUGCUUACUCUUUUUCUAUAACUGCUUACACCUUCUUCUAAAAGCGUACUUUUCAACAGCUCUCUAUUUAUUUGUUUGGUUGUCCAUAAUAUGUUUACAUUAAUAAUAAUGCGUAGGAUACAUUUACGUUCUAAUAAGCAUACGAUUAAUUCGUAACCUAAAAUUUCUUUGAAAAACUUUUCUUCAGUUCUGGAGCAGGAUAACUACUAAGGAAAACUAUUUGGACUAUUGGAACUAUUUUCCGGUUGCGAAUCACAGGAUAUUUAUUGCUGGCUUGAGAAAUUUCAAAAUCUGUUUAAGGGCUGCGAUCGCAAACUAGAUUCGGCAUGUUUGGCCGCUAACUUAGCAUGUCAUUUAACAGGACUUGCCGAGACUUUUUAUUUUUCUCUCGAACCAGAUACACGAAAAAAUUUCGAUCUCUUAUCUACCGCGUUAAAAGAACGAUUUUUCUCCGAUGAUUUGAAAUGGCGGUUACGGCAGUCACUCAUUUCGAGACAACAGGGACUCCAUGAAUCUUUGGAUUCUUAUAUCGAAUUUAUCGAUACCACAUGUCGACGACUAGGUGUAUCUAAGGAAGACCAGUUUUAUUAUUUCGUUAACGGGUUGCGUGCCGAAAUUAAACGUGAAGUUUUGAUGCGUCAGCCAAAAGAUUAUCUUACAGCAGUAAAUUUGGCACGCCGUACUGAAUUUGUUGAUCACACUAUUGCAGAUAGCCGAAGCAACUUGAACAAUUGAACCAUAAGCGAAUUCCAUUUAACGAAAUUAAGGUCAGAGUUACUAAGAUCAACAGGAGUCUUUAGGCGGAAGAAGAGGUGCGAAAGACAAAAUGGCAAGCCUGUUCUCGUCAGGAUGGCUUGAUCAAAUUUUAGCAUGAUCGUGAUCAUACUGAUAUAGAAAAAGAUAAGCACCAAUGGAGCUGACUUUGGAGGAAAAUUGUUCGUUUUCUUAAUUGUAGCAAGGGAAAUAUCACUUCGUUCGAAAAUAUCACGCCGUUUCUCACAAUGCUCCAAUUUAUGGGCUGUGCUUGUAGAGACUAAUAAAUCUGAGGCGUCGUGCUUGGACUGGAGGUGUUCAAUGUUCGAAAUUUCUUGCGAUGCCUCUUCAGUAAAAGACACUUUUACCGUAAAGGGAUCGAAUACUUGUACUGCACAAACAUAUUGAAGAUCAUUGACGAUACAAUUCGAAUUUUCUUCGAGCUCACGAACUUGAUAUUGAUCCUCUGAGUUUUCAAUAAAUGACACUUCUUGUGCCUGUAAUAUUUUCUUUAGUGUUAAGGUUAUUUCGGGGUAUCCAAACUUUUAGGGUGUGUAAAAACUUCAAAACAAGUCUCAAAGGACGAAUUUAGAUCAAUGUCUUUAUCAAAAUCGUUGACGCUGUCGGUAAGUAGAGAAUGCUCUUUCACUUCGACGUAUUCGAUCGUCUUGGUAGGGAUUUGCAAGUUGCUUUCACGAUAUAUUGGAACUUCGUUUUUCAGAACAAGCGGUGAACGUUUGUUAAAUGUAGCGGAACAUGGUGGGUCGACAUGAUUUUCAACAAUUCGUAGGGAUGUGUUUCGAUAGGACGUUUUUCGUCGAGGUUCGGAAGUGUAGUAAUAAUGCGACUGAUUUGGACAAACACGCGCUUUGUGGCCGACUACGCCACAUUUGUAGCAGGCGGGGCCCUGAGAUGUGAAUCCGCCGGUAUAACGACGGCGAUAAGGCUGCGCUGAAGUCUGAGAAUUCUUAUAACGAUUUGCGAAAUUUGGGGGAAAACCAUCCCUUAAAGACUUUAUUUCACCUGUUAAAUCCUGACGCAAGUUGUCGCGUAGUAACGUGUAAACUGGAUUUUCUUUACAAUUGUUCAAGUUGCUUCGGCUAUCUGCAAUAGUGUGAUCAACAAAUUCAGUACGGCGUGCCAAAUUUACUGCUGUAAGAUAAUCUUUUGGCUGACGCAUCAAAACUUCACGUUUAAUUUCGGCACGCAACCCGUUAACGAAAUAAUAAAACUGGUCUUCCUUAGAUACACCUAGUCGUCGACAUGUGGUAUCGAUAAAUUCGAUAUAAGAAUCCAAAGAUUCAUAGAGUCCCUGUUGUCUCGAAAUGAGUGACUGCCGUAACCGCCAUUUCAAAUCAUCGGAGAAAAAUCGUUCUUUUAACGCGGUAGAUAAGAGAUCGAAAUUUUUUCGUGUAUCUGGUUCGAGAGAAAAAUAAAAAGUCUCGGCAAGUCCUGUUAAAUGACAUUCUAAGUUAGCGGCCAAACAUGCCGAAUCUAGUUUGCGAUCGCAGCCCUUAAACAGAUUUUGAAAUUUCUCAAGCCAGCAAUAAAUAUCCUGUGAUUCGCAACCGGAAAAUAGUUCCAAGCGUUCUUCAGCGCAGUCAUGGUUUGAUAUAGCUUGAUAAUUUUGUAAUGCAUUACAGAAGUAAUCAUUUUGUCGACUUAUAAGCUGACCUAACUUACACAACGCUUCUUCAAACGACAUAUUGGACUGACGCUAAAGUUUACGCUAUAAAGAUUAAAUUAUGUCUAAAUCAUAAAAGAUAUAAUAAUUCUAAGAUUUGUUUUUUUUUUAAAUAAGAUAAUAAGCAUAGUAAGAUAUAGCUGGUUAAACAAGACUUAAAUCUAGAAAGCAGGAACAAAAGUGACCAAAAGUCAUUUAAGAGUUCACCAUUAUAAUGAUAGUCUUUAUAUACUGAACUGACUUCGCAGUCAUCAGUGAAGCGGGCGGUUAUCUGUAAAUUUAUAUGGAUGCGACAUCCUUUUCUUUCCGUUGCGUUCAAUAGUCUUCAUAAUAGGGAGUUAGAAGAGAGCCAUGAAGAAUGAUCGAGCCAUCAAAUAAUCUUCAGGAGCAGUGUGUUAUAAGGAACUUGGAACGUUGGAGGCGUCGAGGCGAGAGAUACCAGGAUCGUAGCAAACUGUUCUGCACCACUGAUACCGGUGGUUGCUCCAGAGGCACGGCAGUGACUCUCACAACCAAAUAAGUACUAGGUUAUAUACUUUAUUUCUGAGUGACUUACUCUUUCACUUUACAAUUCUUCAACUUCCUUAGCAAAGUCCUUUUUCAAGUUAGCCUUCUUCUUGGCAGUUCUCUUGCUUACUCUUUUUCUAAAAGCUUACUUUUCAACAGCUCUCUAUUUAUUUGUUUGGUUGUCCAUAAUAUGUUUACAUUAAUAAUAAUGCGUAGGAUACAUUUACGUUCUAAUUAGCAUACGAUUAAUUCGUAACCUAAAAUUUCUUUGAAAAACUUUUCUUCAGUUCUGGAGCAGGACAACUACUAAGGAAAACUAACUAA